UCUGGAUUUGAUGGUUGUGUGAUAAAAACGUCAAAACGACGCCUGGCGCGUGUAAUCGAAUCGCAUUAAAUUUACAGACGGAAUGGCAACGUAUAAUUCCUUCGUCCCUCGGGUCGUUUGCAAAGCGAUUAUAAAUGUUCUAAAACAGUAAAACCUAAUACUAUUAUACGCGAAAUCCUUUAUUUUAAUUAUUAUACAGUCGGUCGGUCGUCUUCAAACUCACAGUCAAUUUCAGCAGGAAUGGACAAAAAAUAAGGCUACGGUGGUUCAACAACUAUAUUAGUUAAUGAUUUAACGUAAUAACAUUUAAUUAUUUUAAAAAUGUUCCUAUCUCUAUACUAAAUAUUCCGUAUAAAACUUAACGUUUAAUAACUAAUUUAACUUAAUCAACUACUAAUUUGAAUUCCAAUAUAGGUACAAUGUACAUCAAAAUGUUAUCAAAAAAAUAAUCAUCUGCUUAACAAUAUAAUAUACAUAGUAAAAAAGAAAAGUUCUCGUUUGAAAAAUAAUAGAAGUUUAUAUUGACAUUGAACGUCCUUAAAUGCUAAAGAAUCUAUUUAUCCAAAAAUACAAUUUAUAAAAUACUUUCCUGAGAUGGCUAUGGUACUUGAUUCAGUUCAAUUACCACAUCUUUGAGUACUUAAAAUAAAAAUAAAAAUUGUAAUAUUAUUAUCAUUAUUAUAGGAUAAGAAUAUAGGGGUCGAGUAAGAAAUGAGAUAGCAAGGUGACCACUGAUCAAUAAAUUAGCCUGCAAUAUAAUUUAUACACUAGAAAAGCACUCGUGUAUUUUUAUAUAUUACAAGUAUACACGCUACUUAUUCAAUUCUUAGGGGAACAAUGUAAUUUUUCACGGAUAUUAGCAAAUUAAGAAAUAAUAUCGAACCACAGUGUAAUGGUUCUUUAUUAAAUAUUAUAUUGACAGGUUAUUCAUUGGUAUUUAACUUUCAGCGUAAUGUAACUUUACUAUUAAUAUAAUUGACUGUCUGCAGCAUGGUCCUAUACAUAUAGGAAAAACAUUUAAGGCCAGGAUGUAUUGUUCGUACGGGCCACAUUGUUUGUCAAUAUCUUCAUACUACCGUAUUAUAAGCAACUUGGGAAGAGGCAAGUGAACGUUAAGAGCUAAGCUUUUCAUACAUUUUAUAACAAUAUAGCUACCAGUAUUAUUUUUAAUAAUUCCUAGUAUAAUAAAUUAUUGUACUUAUACAAUUUAAACAUUUCAAGCUUGAUCCUAAUUAAGCGUAUUAAAAUGAUCGAUUUAAUGCUGUUGUUCACACAUUGAAAAAUUAAUAUUUUUAAAAUGAAUAUCAGUAAUAGUAUGUAUUUGGAGGGGAAGGUAUGAUUCCACUUUUCAGGGAAAUGAAAAAAGUUUAAACUUUAAAGUGACUUUAGUGCCUUACACGCUCAACGAUUACUGUGUACACAAUGUGUUAAAUGUGUUUUUUUUUUGUUCUCACACAAAUAUAUUUACUUUAUAAAGAACAUUUUAAUAUAUUGUAAUACGUAAACGGUAAUCGUCGACCGUGUAAGGCAGUAAUGUCCAUUUAAACUUUUUUCAUCUCCCUGUAAAAUGGACUCAGAACCUCCAAAUACAGACCACUAAAACCGAAUAUUUUAUUUAAAUAAAUAUAUAAUAAACCUUACAGUUGUCCAGAAUCGAGGCCAAAAAGUAAUGGCAAUAACGUCUAGCGACCGAGAAGUUGCCUGUACCUUGAUGGAAAAAUGUUAUAUGUCCUACAGCUACAGUGAUUUUAUUCUAUCGGCGUGGGAUCUAUCAUUAUUUAUUGCUCUUAUAUAUUUGUUUUUAUACUGCCGACGUACUUAUAGCUAUAUAAUAUACAUAGCUAAAAGGUAUAUAUAAUUUAUAUAUUUUAAUCAAUAUACUGGUUAAUCAUCAAGUAUACUCAGCCUUUUUUUAAUUACUGAAAAACUAAUCUUUUAAGUUUUUAUUAGGAACUUACAUAAAGACUUUAAAAAAACUAAUAAUUUACAAUAAAGGCGGGGAGGGGUUCAUUUUGAAAGGAGAAAUUGUUUAGACACUCCUUAAGUAGUACAAGAAAUUUCAAAAAUUUGAAAAUAUCGUCUAAAGUCUUAACUAAUACUCAACAAUUUCGAAAAUCAGAAUUUGAAUAAAUUCAUUAUUUAAUGAAACAAUAUGGGGGUGAGCAUGUUAGGUAAAUAACAUUGUAUACAUAUUGACGCAGGUACCCGAUGCGGAACGCCGGUGCCCCGCCGCGAUUAUCAUGUGUAAGUACAUAUAUAUAUAUGUAUGCAUUAUUUAUAGAUCGGAGUAGUCGGUAUAGAUCGGCAAUCAAUAGUUCGAUUGUCGCGAGCAAACAGAUAGAUGUUGUAUUGAGAAAUCGCCCACCGCCAGUCAGCUCCGCACAGCCAACCCGCCCGGUCAGGUAGUUCGCCACCAAAUACCGUUGCACAAACGGAUUUAUCGUGCCCAACAUGUAACCGCCGGUCGCACAAACAUGGUGCUAAUUAUUAUAUAUGCGCAGGUGUUAUUGAUGUGCGCACGCGGCGCCGAACCAAAAAUCGUGUACUCCAGACCGCCGCGCAACGACACUGAAAUGACGGUGCCGACGGCCGAGGCGGACGACGACGAGACGACCGCGACGAAUACGACGACGGCGGCGCUGGCCACGUUGGCGUCGACCGGCCGCCGGUACGCGGACAGCAGCAAGAGCAUGUCGUCGAGGAACAACCACUAUUACGGCGUGCAGUAUUACGCGCCGCCCGUCGUGCACGACGCCGCCGUCGCCGACGCCUUCGGCCGCCAACUGCAGCAAAUGCAGCAACAGCACCACCAGCAACGGCACGCGCUGCAGCAACCGACCGUGGCCGCUGCGGCGUACCACCAACGCGAUGGCGACCGCGCGCCGUGGGAACAGACGGCCACCAUGGUGCACGCCGACGGCGGACCGAUACUUAUGAACCCGUUGCAGCUGCAACCGGUCUACGAUGACCCGUCGACGGCCCGGUACGCGCCGCCCAAACCGCACAGGGCCCAGCCCUUGGCCAGGAUCGUCAAGUACACGGAACCGUCGGCGGCGGCCGUGGCGUACCAGCUGCCGUACCUGGCGGCCGAGGCCGACGACCGGGCGCUGUUGGACAACCUGCCGGCACUGCAGUUCGCGCUCCAGCACGCCACCGGCAAGACACCGCCGCCGCCGUUGGUCACGACGUCCGGUCACCAGCAGUACGCGGCUCUCCAGCAACCGCCCAACCUCCAUCACCACCUCCGUCACCAUCCGGUCAAACAGACACCCACUGCCGCCGUGCACCCGGUCUACCCGCAGCCCGCGCCGUAUCCGCACAUGCAGCACCGCAACCACCAGAGGCUAAUGCAGCUGCAUCCCGGCCACCAUCAGGCUCAUCUGCAACACCGGUACGCCACUUACGGCGGUGCGCAACCGGCCGCCCGGUACACCCAAGUGCCGUUCCUGUACAACCUGCAGGCACCGCCGACCGCGCAGCGACACCUGUUGGCGCCGGCCGAGUACGAUCUGGUGUCUCGGUUCAACAGACUGAUCAAGCAGCGCGAACAAGACGACCGGCGCCGCGUCCAGGAACCGACCCGCCGGCGACGGCCGGAGGACGGCGGUGGCGUCAGCGGUGACGUCAAUGUCGGCAACGACGGCGACGACGGCGAGGAAGAGGAGACGGCCACCCGACCGGCGGUCAAGACGAAAAAGUCCAAGAAGAAGAAGAAGAAGAAGAAGAAACCCACUACCCCCGCGCCGCCGGCUCCUGUCGAAGAAGAAAUCGACGAAGAGGACAGCGACAGGCGGCAGCUGUCGCCGUCGCGGCGGCACAAACAACUGUUGCAGCAGGACGACGAACGGGCCGACGAGGAACAGCCCAACACCGAGGAACAAGAAUCGCAAAACGUGCACACCAGCGAAAAGUUACCCGAAGGCUCGGUCGUUCAGGAAACCGGAGAUGAACUGCAACACACGUUGGAUGAACCGUCUCAGCUCAGUGAACAGUUUGGCGGUGACUUAACAUUCGAAGACGGUGGCGGCGAACGGGUAGAAUUCCAGCUACACGGCAUCACUGGUCCUGAUUCGUACAAAUUUGGAUUCGACACCGGCAAAGGGUCCAACAGACAGUUCCGGUAUGAGGAAAGGGACAACGGAGGAAACGUCCACGGCCAUUAUGGAUACCUGGAUAAUGACGGAAAGAUGCAAGUGUAUAACUACAGUUCACAUCCAGAACUCGGAUAUCGCGCGCAAAAGGCUGAAACCCUCGAGGUGUGAAAGCAGUUGACUAUGAUGUGAUGUGAUUAUUAUAACAUAAGUAUAAUAUAUAAUUGUUAAUAAAUUGUUUAUAAACUAAUUGUAAGUAUCAUAGUGCGUAUACGAAUUAUAUGUAUUAUAGAAUAUUACAGACCCCUAUAAUUGUCGUUGUAAUAUGUGCCUAUCAAUAAACAAUUCGUUUUGAAA